AUGGGUGAACAGAUUGAAGAUUAUGCUAGUGAUAUAGAUGUGAAUAACUCUGAUCCUGCUUUUGAUAAUCUAACAAUUUUGAAAGAAUUGAGUAACAUUGUAAACUUAGUCAGAAAUGAAGAUUUUCUCGAAACUGUUCCCAAAGCCAAACUUAGACGCGUAAAAUGGAUGCCUAUGUUCAAUUGCUUAAAGCAAGGAAUAUUAGAUGAAAUGAUUCAAGAACUAAACUCAAUGUGGGAAUAUGAAGAUAUGCCCGCGAAGCUGGAAGCAUUGGAAAAGCAAAAAGAAAAGUUUGCUGACAUAGAACCUGACAAAGCUUUGUGGAGACCACAACUAGCAGAUGUCAAAGCUCAGCUAAAAGCCAAUGAUGUAGUCAAUUUGAAGAAGCAGAAAGUACUAUUAGAGUCAUUGGCAAAAGAAUAUGAAGCUAGAGUCAACAGAUUGAAGAAAAUUUUAGCAGCAAAACGAGGAUAUCUAAAAGCUUUACAGUUGGAUAUUCAGAAGUACCAGAAGAAAAAUGAAGAUUUUGUAUCAAAGAUUAGUGACAAGCUGGAAAAUCACAACAACUUGAUCUCAAACACUUUAACAAGUAAAACUGAUGUUGAAGAAAUAUGCUGGAAAGAGAAAGAUAUGGAUGUUAAUGAAAUAAACUGA